UGAAUGCACGUUACUUUUGCAUUCUCACAAGUGAGACUGAAAUGAGUUUAUACUCACAAUCAGCGAUAUUUCUGUUCUUGUUUGAUAUUCAGUUAGAGACAAAGGCAGAACUACUGCUGUGUCGAUUUGUGUCUGUUGCUGGAAAGUUCCUAUUAUCAGAGAGGAACCUUAUUAGCAUUUUCGAUCGGCCUGGAUUAAUCCAGGUUAAUCGCUUCCGGAAAACGCUAUUAGGGAGAAUUCACACACUUUGACAAAAAAGCAGAAAAGCCAAUCAGAAUUCGUGCUGGUAGCGAACAAUGCACUCUGCUUUUCUGCUUCAGAGGUCUUCCUAGGUAGCUCUUCUACUUUGCAAAACGGAUUGUGAAUCCUCCAUAAGCGCAUUUUGACAUAUGAGGAGUUCGCGUGAUUAUAUUAUUUAUUUUAAUAUUGUAAAUAGAGUUUUUUUGUGUGAUACAUUUAGACGCCGUGCAAAGAAAUGGCGUUUACAUUCGGGACUCCAACGGUCACUUCUGCCAGUACGGGUUUCGGAUUUCAAAAGCCGGCGACAGGUUUCGGUAAUACGUCGUUCGGUACUCCGACCACAACGUCCAGUACGUUAACGUUUGGAACUCUGUCCACUCCGACAACGUCUAUAGGUCUUAACUUUGGAUUUGGUACCCCACCAACCUCCACACUAGCACAAUGUAGCGGAAAUCUGCUUCUGGGAUCCAAUACAGCUACUACAACCACUGCUCCCAGUUUAUUUUCCACUCCUACCACAUCUGCGCCUGUAUUUACGGGUCUCAGUUUUGGUGCACCAACUACGACAAAUACUCUCACAUUUGGUGCCACGUCUAACACAACAGCAACAGGAAAUUUAACUUUUGGUACAGCCACUACUAACACUUCUUUGUUUGGAUCUGGAACUGGUACCACUUUAUUGGGUGCUAAGCCAACAACAGCUCUUACUACUACAACUAGUACUAGUAAAGGACUAGGUGGUUUAGAUGUUUCUGUCAGUAAUAAGGGACUUUCUCAAGGAAGUAGUAGUUCAACAGCAGCUAAGGAGAAUUUAUUGCCAAACGAGCUCAUGCAAACUAUAGACAAAUUCAAGGAGUUUGUAAAAAUACAAAAAGGCCUAUCGUCAGAUAUUGCAAGAGGGUCGGCGAGACCGUUGAAUCGAUGCGCAGAAGAUACAGCAUCUCUUAUGGAAAUGUUGUCCACUUUAUCUGGCUCAGUGCAACGGGAUCGUUCUUCGGCUGACAAGCUGAAGCAAGAUACUGCGAAGGCAUUGCAAAGCGCUGAGAUAGCUCAAAGAACACAUGAUACACCGCCAGGGUUGCAAUACGAAAAUAAUACACCCUUGCAAUUCUUUAUGGAAUUAGCUGAAAGCUUCGAACAAGAUUUGAUGUUAUUUAGAUCACAAAUUGAGACAACUGAGAAACACAUACAAACUAUGAUGGCACCAAGAACAUUAACGCCACAAGAAUUGACAGCAACCAUGAGUAAACUUCACGAGUCUUUAGUCGCAGUCGCUGGCCGAUUACAGAGUGUACACGCUAAAGUACAGCAACAGAAGGAACAGUAUCUCAAUUUUAGAAAAUAUGUAUUGAAGGAUAACACCAAUGUUUUCGAUAAUAUCAAGGAGAAUAAUAAAUCUAAUCGAAGCAGCAUCAGCAGGAUCACAAGUGGUCCCACUCCUUUCGGACCAGGAAAUAAAAACUUUUUGUCCUCGACAACAUUAAACCCGAACCGGCCAGCGGGUUACGAAACACGAAAUCCUUUAGUUUGGGAAAGUUCAACACCAAUACCAUCAGCUACUAACAUUGCUAUGGGCUCGACCACGAAACCACCAACAGCAAGUUUAAAUUUUAACACGCCUAUUAAUUUGACCGCACCAUUACCAGUAAACGGAACCAGUUCAAACUUUCAACUUCAAAAGCCUCCCGUUGGUAACAAACGAGGAAAGCACUAAUCACACGCUCAUCUCGGGCCAUUUUUUGUGGUAUAUGGAAAUUGUAAUUUUCAACACACACGUUGUAAAGUCUUUUCUACCAAAUUGUUAACAUUAAUAACGACGUUAAGACAAGCAUUUCAAAAGUAUUUUUGUAUUGCUCAUUAUUAAUUAUUGUGAUAUCUCAUUCUACAUGUGUGUCGAUAUAUACAUAGUGUAAUCUUUAUUAAAAUUUGUACCUUAUGUUACAGACAUAUUUUACAUUAAUCAUACUUUUAUAUUAUUAAACAGUUAAAGUUUA